AUGUUGAUCGGAGAAGAUGAACAAAACGAAGACAGUGCUGAUGACUUGUCAUUUAUUGACUGUGUCGAGACCUCUGAUCAAUGUGAUGAUGAACUCUCCUUCCCAAUGAUUCCAAAACUAAGAAAACCACGAGCUGACAAAGGUCGAAGGAGUUGGAGCCAGCAAGAGGAGGAAGUUCUUAUUGCUGCCCUCAAAGGAAUCAUCACUACUGGUUGGAAAUCUGAAAAUGGGUUCAAGAUGGGGUUUCUUAACAUUCUUGAGCAGGAAUUGGUGAAACAGUUAUCGGGUACCGAUUUGCAAGCUAGCAAUGUAAAUCUAUCAAGCCCUUCACGUACUUUGUCUGAACAUAUGGAAAUGAACGAUGUGAACAUGGAAGAAGAGGUCAACGAGACAAUGUCGGAGAGCACCCAACCAUCUUCAACGAGGACGAAAAAAAGCGUAGGGCGUAAACGAAAGUCAGGUCAGAGUUUUGAUCCUCUUUGUGAAGUUAUGAAAAAUUUUGCUGAAAAAACGGGUGCUCGUUUGGAAAAGAUUGCGCAAAGAAUAGGCAACGAAUAUGAUGUUUCAAGUGCUCGUAAGGAUGUUUAUUCCAUUGUGAGGGAAAUUGAAGGUUUGAACCUACAAGAGCAGUUGCUGAUCUCCAAAAUUUUAGUAAAGAAUAUCGACGAGCUAGAUUUGUUCUUCAGCCUCGACAAUGCUGCUCGAGUUGAAAUUGUGCGAAUUAAGUUGGCCGGAGGUAUAUAG